AUGCUUCGAAAACCAACUCCUCUAGGCCCAAACCUCCUCCCAUCAUCCACCAUCAAGAUCGUCGAUAGGUAUCUUCAAAAGAAAACUCCCGAAACUCCACUACCUACGAAGUCACGCAUCAUCAACAUUCUCACAUCCGAUCUCGGCAUCAACAAUUCUCCUCCCGACAUCGUCCCCACCACCAACCUCCACAAMCCUCCAGAGAGAAAAAAAGUAUUACGCACAAAAGCCCCGAUAGCCUACCCUCUGGACUCAAGAAACAAUCGAGAUCCCCCGCCACUAACACAAGAAAUGCCACAAGACCAGGACCAGCAGAUCUCUCUCGGCUAUCAUCGGUGA